AUCAGAGCACUUUACGCUGCUUUCUACAAAAAUCUAAAAUCUUUUAAACAACAAUCAUUCACUAACUUCCAAAAAGCUUCAAAUCUAGCACGAUGUCCAGCGGCGAGGAACCCGUCCAGGAAAAGGUGCAGUUCAAGCCCAAAUCCAAGCGAAAUUUGCGCCAACGUAUCAAAACCGAGGACUCAGAUGACGACCAGGAAGUUUUGUCAAAAUUGGAGGAAACGAAGGAAAAACAACGACUGCGGAAUAAAACCAACGGGGUCAAUUUGCUCAGUUUGGCCAUGGGGAAGAAGGUUACGAUUGAGGAGGAAGUCACCAAUAAAGACCCAUUCAACACCAAGUCGGGUGGCAUGGUCAACAUGCAGGCCCUCAAAUCGGGCAAGAUCAAGACGGUGGAGGAUCCGUACGACACCGGAAUCGGAACUCAAUUUUCGGCCGAAACGAACAAGCGCGACGAGGACGAGGAGAUGAUGAAGUACAUUGAGCAGCAGCUCGGCAAGAAGAAGGGCCUGGACAAGGAGACGGCGGGAGAUGGGGACGCUGGCGAAUCGUCCGCCAAGUAUCUCAGCCCGGAGGAGGCCGCCCUGUUGUCGCUGCCGGCCCAUCUGAGCCACACGUCGUCCCAGCGCUCGGAGGAGAUGCUGUCCAACCAGAUGCUGAGCGGCAUCCCGGAGGUGGACCUCGGCAUCGAGGCGAAGAUCAAAAACAUCGAAGCCACGGAGGAUGCCAAGUUGAAGUUUAUGCAGGAGCAGCAGCGCAAAAAGGACAUGCCGUCGCACUUUGUGCCGACCAACAUGGCGGUGAACUUUAUGCAGCACAAUCGGUUCAAGAUUGACCAGCCGGCGCAGCCGAAGCGAAGGUACCAGGAGGAACGCAGCCAGCAGCAGCAGCGGAAUCAGAAUCAGCACCACCAUCAUCAUCAUCGUGGUGGUGGUGGUGGCGGCAGCGACGACAAGAUUCCCAAGAAGGCAACGGACGAUUAUCACUUUGACAAGUUUAAGAAACAGUACAGAAGGCAUUGAGUUGAAUAAAGACGAAGUUGAAUGGGAAUAAA